AUGAAUAAAGGCGACCAUCCUAAUUUUACUGAUAAGGACCAGGAGAUACAGUAUUGGAAAAAUCUUGCAGAACAAUAUUUUUUGGAUGCUGACAGGAUUCAGAAGGAGUCGGACGAGUUUAUAUCAGAAUCUCAACAGUUGGAAAAGGAAUAUGAAGCUACAAUCGAUCAAAAUGAAAAGAAAAUAAAAGAGUUUACAAUUGCAAAUAAUAGACUCCAGAAUGAGGUCGAUUCUUAUCGGAUAAAAAUAGAGCAAUACAAUAAAGAAGUUAACAGCCUAGAAAACGAAAUUGUGACAUAUAAAAACGAUAAAAUGCAAAUGACUCAAUACAUAAGGGAAUUAGAGCAAAAAAAUGAUGAUUUAGAGCGAUCGAGGAGAAUAAUUGAGGAAAGUAUUCAAGGCAUCGAAUCUGCCUUUAACAGUGCAAUAGAACGGAACGCUAUUCUGGAAUCUGAAGUGGACGAAAAGGAAACCCUAAAAGAAAAACUUCAAAGGCUUCUUGAUGAAAGAAGAGAGCUACAGCAAGAGUUGCAAGUGAAAGAGCGUUGUCCAGACAAUGAGAGGAUAGUGAAUGGUUAUAAAACGCCCCCUAUUGUCGACUCAAAUAGAUUGAAAGAAAACGAGACUCAAACUACCCCAUCAAAACAUGAGUUUCAAACACCAAUUACACCAGCAUCCAGGGUGGUGGCUUUGAAUUUAGUUAGUGACCUUAUUAGAAAAAUGGGACUCACUAGAUUCCUGUGUUCGGAAUGCGGUCAGUUUAAAUGUACAGAGUGUCCCGCAAAUACCGUCCAUAACCUCAAAAACAACCAAAUGUCAAGGUGCGUCAGUGUUUUUUUGAGGUUAACCGUCUAACGUCAGAUGUGAC